UCGCAAUUGGCUGCAGCCGCCGGCUUUUUUACGUUUGUGUACGUUUGUGAGCGUGUAGUGUUCGCGUGUGUGUUAAUGUGUCAGAGGAUUAAAAGUAUCUCCAAGACAUCCGCAGGUUGCUCCUGCUGCACAGGGAAUGUAUUCGCCGUCGGGAAAGACACUUUGAUCACAGCAAAGGCAGAAGUGACUGAAUAUUUUCGGGAUCUUGGAGCAGCUGAGUAAUUGCGUCCUUUUCUGCACGAUGACAGAAGUGUCCAGUCACGCUUCAAUCAUGGACUGUGAGAUGAUGUUCCAACCAGAGUCAGAUCAGAUGUCCCCAGUUGAACCCAAGUCUCCGCCUCUGAACCUGAUUGACACGGGGAAGGGGCUGAAGGUCCAGACAGCCACACCUCAUCUGGUGAGCCUGGGCAGCGGGAGGCUCAGUGUGGCAAUCACCCUGCUGCCACUAAAAGAAGGGGUGACUCGCAUAGGCCGAGAAGAUGCUCCAAUACCUCAAGAUAUCACGGUCCAAGGUCCUGGCAUUGAAGCAGAGCACUGUCUCAUCAUCAAUGAAGGAGGGGUGGUGACCCUGGACCCCUGUGGUCACCUCUGCAGUCUGGAUGGAGUGCAGGCCACUGUGCCCACCCCACUAACACAGGGUUAUUCCCUGUGUCUGGGUAAAUCCUAUUUCUUCCGGUUCAACCAUCCUGAGGAAGCAAGCAGAAUGAAGAGCAUGCUUCCACAAAAGAGCCCAGUGUCAGCUUUGGCCUACAACACAGACUACCUGAAGUUUAGUAGUGACUAUAGCCAUGCGGUGGUGGGAGGCACCAGCAGUGCUAGGGGCAUGCGAUCUGCCUCUGAGCUCCGGGACUUGAUGGACACCCUACAGCGCAAGAAGAUUGCCCUGGAGAACAGCCUGAGAGCCAACGGGAAUGCAAACCCCUCCUACUUCAGUGUAACACAGUCUCCCCCCACCACGCCUAUCACAAGUCCUGCCACAUCCUCAGCAGCCUAUCAGGACCAGGCAAGGCGUUUCUAUGGCUCAGACCGGGCGCCCAUGUCUUUGAAAUCUCCUCCCCCUCUUUCCCCUGGACGACGGUCAGACCCAUCUUCUUCUCUGGCCUCCCGCUCCUAUGUCAGUCGCAACCAGGACAACUUUGGCAGUAGCGAUAGCCGACGGCUGCACAACACUGGCUCCUCUUCUUCACUGUCCACAUGGAAUGGUGGAGGCUCCACCACUUCUGUUGAUGGGAGCAAUAGCUUCCUCCGCUCUCUUCCUCCACCUUCCUCCUCAUCCCGCACUCCAUCAACGGGAGGUGCAGCAAGCAUGCCCUCAAGCCCUCGCCUUGGCCGCCGUAGCUAUGGCAACCAAGAGCCAUUGCCCAGCAGUAGAACCAGGAAAUACUCUGCAGGCUCGCUAAGUGGUAUGACGGGAGGAGGGCACAGUCGCUCGCUGCCACGCCUCUGCCCAUCCCAAUCUCCGCGUGACAACAACAAUGGAGUCCUGACCUUGUCAACGCUGCCCCCACGGCGAUCCGAUGUUGCUGGCGGUUAUAAAAUUAGCAAUGACCAUUACAACAACAGCCAGAAUGCCAGCCUUGACCUCAACCACAACUCUAGCCAACUUUCCUCCAACAGGAAUCAAAUCCAGACCACAAAUCAGGGAGAAAGUGUUGUGUCUAUCUCUCUCUCCUCCCCUAAGAACUUGCCCUCCACUAUACCCUCUAUCGCUUCCACAACUGCCCCACCUGAUGUGACCCUCCCAUCCAAGACUGGGGGCUCCUCUUCUCCUCGUGUGGCCAAAAAACUCAGCCUGACCUCCACCAGCUCUGUGGGCUCCAUCAGCCCCACGAUUUCCGGCCCUCCAGAACUGGAACGGGUGGUCAGCCAUGGAGUCUCCCCAGGAGUGGGCCUGUCUUUUGGAGAGAGGAGGUCUUCAUUUGGGAAGGCAGGGCUGGAAUCUGGGAUGGGGCUGGGCGAGAGGAGACAGUCAUUUGGAAAGGCAGGAGUGACCCCACCAGGAGGUUUCAGGGAAAGAAGGGGGAGUAUCAGCUCACUGAGUGGGAAGGAGGAACUGACCGACUACCACCAGCAUCAAAAAGAGGAGAGACUCCGUGAGCAGGAGGUGGAGAGACUGGAGCGACAGCGCCUGGAGACCAUCUUGUCUCUGUGUUCGGAGCUGGGCCGGUCUGACAGAGAUGGAGGUAGCACAGCUAUGAGUCCAACUUCAGCUGUGACGGAUCUCCAGAAGAUCAACCAGGAGCUUGAGAAGCUUCAACUGAACGACGACGACGACGAUGACGACACACCAUCGGUCUUUUCAGACUCUUCAGCUGUUAACGGAACGACAGGGAACGGACACGUUUCCUCCCAUGGAUCAGAGAAUGGUUACUAUGAUGAUGAUCUACAGGUACGACGGAGGCGCAGCAGCGGUCAGCGAGACAACAGGGCAGAAUCCCCCUGUGUCAGUCUGAGAAGAUUUGCCGCCUCACCUUCUCCACGUGCACAGAGGACCAGUGAGGCUGUAGAUGAUGCAGCUCGUCGCCGUGCACUGGAAGCGAGGCCUUCAGAGGAGGAAGUGAGGCGUGUCGAAGAGGAGAGGAUCCAGGUGCUGAACAACAUGGAGGAGCUGGAGCAAAAGAUCAAAGAGCUCGACAACCAAAUGGACGAGUCUGCCCAAGAGGUGGAGCUGGAGCGAGCUCUGGUAGAGGCUGAGCAGGAGUCGGAGGUAUCUGCUCUCCAGCAAGAAAGAGACGCUCUAGAAGCACUUCACAACAAGAUGGCUGACCUAGAGACCAAGUCCCAGCGGGAAAAAGAAAAGGCGUGCGAGUUGCUACAGGCAGAAAGAGGCAGAGUAGAGAAGUUGGCUCAGAUUGUGUGUGAGCAGCGCUCCCAGCUGGACAGCUGCCCUGAGGCCACCAAGGAGCCCCUGCAGGAGCAGCUGGCCAGGGACUGUGAGGUGCUCGAUGCAGAAUCGAAACGUUUUGAGGACUUGGAGUUCCAGCAACUGGAGAGAGAGAGCAGGCAGGACGAGGAGAAGGAGACCCACACGCAACAGCUUCUCCGGGAGAUCGCAGACUACCAGCGGAGCAGUGUCAGUCGCAAGGAGCGACUGUUGACUCUGAGGAAGCAGGCAGCACAGAUUACCCAGCAGGCUCAGCGAGAGAAGGAGAGCUUUUUGAAGGAGAGGAGCACCCUCGAAGCGAUGCUGCAAAGGGAGAAAGAGAACCUCACCAUGCUGGAAAGGAAAUAUGCUGACCUCACUGGCGGCCGAGGUUUCACUCUACGGGAGGAUUCAGCUUCUCUAGCUGAUGUGUGUCGGUCUUUUAGCAAUCGUAGCCGUGACACCAUCUCAGCCACACUUUCUCCUCCUCCGGUCAACUUUUGCGCCCUCUCCUCCCUCCUUUCCUCUAUUUCUCUCAAGAAAGCAGAGGGCUAUGUCACAGUCAGUGAAAUCAAUGAGAUUUACUCACAGCUUGGGGGAGAGCCUAAACGCGCCCCUGUCCCCACUCGGGCCACUGCCUCUACUGAGUCCAGGGCAAACCCCUCCCCUGACGACAACACCCCCAAACCUCCGGAGGAUGAGCAUUUCCGUUUGCUGGAAGAGAGGAAGAGGUCUGAGAGAGAAGGUGGCUUCCAUCUCAGUGACACAUUACCCAGGAAGAAAACCACACCCAUGAUGACCCCCCAGUUCUCGUGCGCCACACUGGGGCGCAGCUUCCCUACCAAGUCCCAUCAUCCGCUGGUACAGAGCACAAGUUGUGGCAGCAUUCUCCCAAGAUUUCUCUCCUUAUCCAACACCGAGUCUCGACGUCUGCAUAAAGCUCAGCCCGGCUCCAGAGCAGCUUCCCAGACCAACGUCUACCUCGAUGCUUUUGGAUACCGCGACCAGGCCUUUGACACAAUGAGUAUGGAUAGUACUGACUCCAUUGAAACCAGCAUCUCUGCUUGCUCACCUGAUAAUGUCUCCAGUGCCAGUACUUCCAAUAUGGCCAAGCUAGAGGAGAUGGAGCGUCUGCUGAGAGAAGCCCAGGCAGAGAAGAACCGCCUCAUCGAACACAAGGAGCAAGAGAUGGAAGUGCGAAAGCAGGCACUGGAGGAGGAGAGGAAGAGAAGAGAAGACCUGGAGAGAAGGCUGCAGGAGGAGACGAGCAGACGGCAGAAACUCAUAGACCGUGAGGUGAAACUGCGAGAGAAACAGAGGUCACAGGCCCGGCCACUAACACGGUACCUGCCGGUGCGAAAAGACGAUUUUGACCUGCGGGCUCACAUCGAGUCUGCGGGCCACAGCGCGGACACGUGCUUCCACUUGUCCAUCUCUGAAAAGACCUGCCGUGGCUACUUGAUUAAAAUGGGAGGCAAAAUCAAAACCUGGAAGAAACGCUGGUUUGUCUUUGACCGCAACCGACGUACGCUCUCCUACUACUCAGACAAGCAUGAAGCCAAGCUGAAAGGAGUCAUCUACUUCCAAGCUAUUGAAGAAGUGUAUUAUGAUCACUUGAAGAACGCCCAUAAGAGCCCAACCCCCUCCAUGACCUUCAGUGUGAAGACUCACGACAGAGUCUACUACAUGGUUGCUCCGUCUCCUGAGGCCAUGAGGAUCUGGAUGGAUGUGAUCGUCACAGGCGCUGAGGGAUACACUCAGUUCAUGGUGUAGCGAAGGAGCGGGAUAUGCAACGACUCGUUGUGGCUUUAAAGACUACGUUUUCUUUCUUUAUCCUUGCCCUAUUUGUUUUUCCACGUUCCACGAUGGAUUAUCAUCAUCUAUGCUGAAGACUGAACACAGUUUCUGUUGUGUAGAGACGACACAGCAGCUUUGAGUUACUGAAGAUAAUUUCCUGAUAUUUUGUCCACCUCAUUCACAAGAUGGGCAGGGAUUACAAUCAUAUGUCGAGCAUUCAUGUGAAAUUGUCGGCAGAUACCAGAAAAUAAUUUGUACGUUUUUAGGCCAUCGGGUUCAUUCGUGAUGAAGUUCAUCUGGAAUGAUCUGCGGUGCACCACUGUGCCUUGGAGUGAGUUCAGGUGUACCUCAAGGUCUUAAGGACAUACAUGUUUAAAAAGAUGUUUUAUAUGAGCUUUUUACAAGCCAUUUUCUUCAGAGAAGAGCAGACCCUGCAGCUCCUUUUUAGCCAUAAGAAGCUUUUUACUAAAUAUUUUUAAUAUUGUAUCCUUAUCAUCAACUAUAAAUACUAAAUUCAAAGUGCCAUACGAAGCCUAAAACAAUUUUAACAUUUCAUGGAAGAACUGGUGUUCAAUGUUGCAAUGUGUUUAAUCAAUCUUUAGACAAUUACCUGUGUACAUCAUAACUAAUGCAUAUUCAUUUAGUAAAAGCAGUUGAGCAAAUGUAUUUUAGUUUUCAACUUUUAUCAUCUUGAUUUAAUAUCAUGGAUCAUUGCUGUAGCAUUCUCAGGUCUUAACUGUGCAUGGAUGUGCGUGCGUGCAUCAUAUGAUCAAAGUGCCUGUUUUGGGUGCAUACUCUAUGUACACUCAUAUUUACUGUGAGCUUUUUUUAAUGGAGCUCCAAGGUGCCAUUCUCACAUGGUUGAAUCAAUCAAAGCCACACCAUCGCAUAGAAUUUUUCAAUGAUGGUGUAAUUAAACACUUAGAAAAGUGAUUAUCAGUCUUUUGUUUUAAUGGAUUACUGUGCGGCGUUUACAAAAGUGUCAUCACAGGCUCAGAAAUUAAGCUCCAUUAAAACAUAAUUUGCGUCAGGCUUCUUAUUUCACAAUAUAAGGAUUUAGUUGAAUAAGCACCGAGGAAUAAUGACUUCUAUUGAGCCACAAGUUAUGAUAUGUGUACAUGUUGUUUCUAAGUUGUAGUUAGUGUUAAAAUAAGACAUCCAAUUCAAAACUCCUGUUUGUGCCUUUUAUCAUAUUUUGUGUGAUUUUUUUUUAAUGCAUAUUAUGUCUAUUUUUAAGAGCUACAUGUAUCUAUAUACAAUGCCAAACUGUUUGUGGCAAGAAAACUCUUCUCUUGAUGUCAGGCAGAAAGAAUCUAUGGUACAGGCUUCAGAGGCUUUUAGUCAUCAAAACUGACUGAUUAUUGUGCUGCUUUGGUCCACUAGCUUUCAUUGCUUUUACCACUAAUUCAAUGUUUUGGUUUAACUGACUAUUCCACAUUGAUCAUUAAUACUCCAUACUAUGUCUAAAUGAUUCAGUCCACUGAUCAGUGCACGCCUCUUGGCAUUGCUUUUUGUUAAUUGACCAAAGUACAUGUUUAUGUGUUAUAAUGUAUAUGUGGUUUCUUUGCUUUGACUUCUCUUUGUUCAGUACAAUAAGAUCAACAUGAGAUCAGUUUUUACAUGAAAAGCACGUGGUUGUUUUCCACCAACUAAAGGAGCUGUUACAGUGGAAGCUUCCAUGAACUUAAAUUGUCCUGUUUUUUCUUUUUUUUUGUAUAAUUUUCUAUGUUGACCUUACUGUAUUUAUGCCAUUAUCAAUGCAUGUACCUUAAUUUUGUAUUUCAUAUGAAUAAUAAAAAUAUAUAUAUUUUACCUUUU